CAGCUAGAAAGCGUGUACCACCGAGAAGACGACGCAACAUGGCUCCCGGAGGUGGAAGAAAGAGGCUUCACCCCUUUUGAAGCUGGAGGAAGAGCGGCCGGAGAGGAGAAAAGAGAAGUGACGAGCCCAGCCUCGCUUUUAUCCUCCCAGCCUCUCCUGAGUCCAGUCUGUCUCUCCCCUUCUCUGCACCCAAAUCCAAUUUGUGGUUUCCUCCCCUCCCCGCCCUCAUUCCCUCGCUUCCUCACCCCUCCCCUCGGGAAUCCUUUUCCCGUCCCCCCCGUCGCCCCCCGCGGAGUGCGCACGCGCCCGCCCCCAGCUUCGCGCCCAGAUCUUCGCCUAGCCUGCUCGCGCAGCUGCUAUCUCAUCUGCCCACCGACGAAGCAUGGGUGUCCAGGGCUUUCAAGAGUUCCUGGAGAAGCGCUGUCCCGGGGCCGUGGUGCCCGUGGACCUCCUCAAACUCGCGCGCACGGUUUCGCGCCAGCAGCAGCAGCAGCAGCACCUGCACCGCCAGCUGCCACCGACGGCAGCCCUGGCGCCCGGGGCUCCACGCGCCGCCAGGGGCUCCGCGCCUCUGCAACCGCCGCUCCCGCCUGCCUUGGGUGCCUACUCCGGGGGCGCGGGGCCGACUCGGCACCAGCACCCCGCUCACCACUUCCACCAUCACGGCCAGGCGCAGCCAGGGCUGCACCCUCCGCUGCCGCCGCCGCCCCCUCCGCUGCCCGGAGCCCGGGUACUGGUGGACGCCGGCUCGGCGCUGCCGCGGCUUUAUGGCGGCUACCAGACGGAUUGGGUGUGUGGCGGCCAAUGGAACGCCAUGCUGGGCUACUUGUCAGCGCUGUGCCAGGCUUGUGCCUAUCCUGGCGGCGACGGCCUGGAGCUCGUGGUCAUGUUCCCCGGGGGCCUGGGCAAGGACCGGCUGGCUGAGUGGGGCCGUCGGUGCCAGGCCGAGCGGCAGACAGCGCAACUGAUCGUGGGACACGUGGGCAACAAGGGCACCCCUCCACCGCGGGCCUGGUUCCUGCCACCGGCCUGCCUGAGCCACUGCGUGAGGCUAGCACUCAUCCGCUUCCGGGUCAAGGUCUUUCAGAGCCUUGAAGAUCACCAUUUGGAAGUGGUGGCGUUUUUCAGGGAAAAUGGCUUUCAUGGCCUUCUUGCCCAUGACUCCGAGUAUGCUCUCUACAAUAUUCCCUCUUACUACAGUUCCCAUGCUCUGAAAUUGAGCUGGAAUGGGAAGAACCUCACUACCAACCAGUUCCUGAUGCAAGAAGUGGCCAAGCAGCUGGGCCUGAAGAGGGUGAAUUUUCCCAUAUUUGCUGCACUGCUAGGUAACCACAUCCUCCCAGAUGAGGACCUGGCUGCUUUUCACUGGAGCCUUUUGGGACCAGAACAUCCUCUUGCAUCACUUAAGGUACGGGCUCAUCAGCUGGUUCUUCCUCCCUGUGAUGUGGUGAUCAAGGCUGUUUCUGAGUAUGUCAGUUCCAUCAAAGAUCCCUCAAACCUGGAUGUAGUCGGGAAGGAUGUUUUCAAACAGUCUCAGUCCAGGACAGAAGAUAAAAUAGAGCGAUUCAAGAAAGCAGUUGAGUACUAUUCAGUCACAACCAAACUCUCUUCACUGCCAGUGGGUCCCUCCUUUCUAGGUUUUCGGAAUAAUAGGCUGGGAAAUCCUCCCCCUCCACAAAAUCAGGUGGGCGCCAUUUCUGCUGGAAAGCCAAUGUUUUCUCACCAAGUGCCCCAGAAAGUGAAAUAUCCAUCACCAUUCCCAGUGGGACCCAACUCAUCUUUUCUCUUCUCCUCCCAUACUUUGGGGGAAUCCCAUGCUUUUUCUGAGGAUCCCAUGCUGCAGAACAGCCCCUUUGCCAGUUGGGCUGUCUCUUAUGACUCUUCUGCAUCCCAGUUUCCCAAUUAUCUGCCUUCUAAAGCAUCACCUCCUUUGGGACCAGACUCUUCCCAGUCCUCUUCCUCCGAUGGUGAUGAGCCAAAUGGAGCUAGCACUGAUCAUAUCACAGAAUCACUUCCGCACCAGCCGGAGUGGGAAAAUCCUAAUCGUGACAGAGGGUCCUGGCCACGGCCUGUUGAUACUAGAGUUUCAGAAGCGAGCCUAGGUGAUGGCGAACCCCACAUCCCAUCUCUGCUGUCUAUGUCUACAAGGAACCACAUGGAUAUCACUAUUCCACCCUUACCUCCAGUAGCUCCAGAAGUCUUGAGAGUUGCUGAACACAGACACCGGAGGGGUCUUAUGUACCCAUAUAUCUACCACGUCCUCACUAAGGGUGAAAUUAAGAUCCCCGUAUGUAUUGAGGAUGAGUGUAACAUGGAGCUGCCUCCAGCUGCUCUCUUAUUCCGGUCAGCUCGUCAAUAUGUAUAUGGAGUUCUUUUUAGUCUGGCAGAGACACAGAGGAAAAUGGAACGUUUGGCCAUGCGACGGCGGCUGCCUGUGGAAGUUCCUUCAGUGAUCCUUAAAGAAUGGUCUGCCUAUAAAGGGAAGUCACCUCAAACCCCUGAACUGGUGUCUGCAUUGACCUUUCGGGAAUGGACUUGCCCAAACCUCAAGAAGCUCUGGCUAGGCAAAGCAGUCGAAGACAAGAACAGAAGGAUGCGGGCCUUCCUGGCCUGUAUGAAGUCGGACACACCGAGUAUGCUAAAUCCAGCUAAUGUCCCCACCCAUCUGCUGCUCAUGUGCUGUGUUCUCCGGUACAUGGUUCAGUGGCCUGGUGGCCGAAUCCUGCAUCGCCAUGAGCUAGACACCUUCCUUGCACAGGCAGUGUCUACCCAGCUUUAUGAACCAGAUCAGCUCCAAGAACUCAAGAUUGAGAAACUGGAUGCCCGAGGGAUCCAGCUUGCUGCCCUCUUCAUGAGUGGAGUCGACACAGCUCUGUUUGCUAAUGAUGCCUGUGGCCAGCCAGUCCCUUGGGAACAUUGCUGCCCCUGGAUUUACUUCGAUGGCAAGCUAUUCCAGAGCAAGCUAAUUAAAGCAGGCCGAGACCGAGUAUCUCUGAUAGAGCUCUGUGAUGGCCAGGCUGACCUGGCAACCAAAGUGGAAAAGAUGAGACAGAGCAUCCUUGAAGGAGUCAACAUGAAUCAUCCACCACCUUCUGCUCUACUUCCGUCACCUACUUUUGUGACUCCCAUGGUGCCCUCUCUCUACCCUGUUUCACUUUAUUCCCGAGCUAUGGGCUCCAUGCCACUUCCACCUCAAGGAAGGAGCAGGGGAUUUGCAGGUCUCCAUCCAAUCCCACCCCAAGGAGGAAAACUGGAGAUUGCUGGGAUGGUUGUGGGCCAGUGGGCUGGCAGCAGAUCCUCCAGGGGCCUAGGAUCCUUCGGCAUGCAAGUGGUUUCUGUCGGUGGGCCAGGAAAGGGGCUUGGAAAAGAACAGACUGGUAGAGGAUUCAAGGGACACAAAAAAGGAAAUAAGCAAGGCUCUUCAGAUGCAAUUUCUAAAUCCCUGGAGCUUCAUCAAGGUCGAUCUCGCUCGCAGGUAAAUGGAAACAGUGGCGCAUUGAUCAAGGAAGAGAAGAGUGAUCAUCAUCUUCUAGCUCCAUCACAAUGUGCCUUAUCCAGAGACAGCAACGAGUGUAGUAAUGGUAACCGCUACCUCCCUAUGAGGAAUGGGGAGAAGAACCACUUACAAGAGCAAAAGCUAGAAACUGUGACACAACGGAAAGAGGACUGACAAGCUGAAGAUGGCUUCACCAAACCAGGAAGAGGGAAAACCUUUACUUUUCUGAUUUUAGGCCCAAGCUAGAGGAGGAUAUAAAUGCUUACCCUAGAUUUCUCCAGGAUUUUGGUGGGAUGUUCUAUUGUGUCCAUCUUUUUCCCUUCCCUGCCUUUUUCUGGGCCUCCAGAUUCAGUGGUCUGUUUCUGGAUAAGUUCUGGUCAAAGAUGAAUGGCAGUGAGACUAGCUCCUAUUCUCAAAUUGAAUAUAUAGCACCAUUAUUUUCUUCAUCUCCUCGGGGAGCCUAGUAAGGCAGUACCUGUCAGAAAUUGGGUGUUAUCACAUAAACUCCUAUAGAAAAAGUUCCAGAUUUGGGCUGGGUGUGGUGGCUCACACCUGUAAUCCCAGCACUUUGGGAGGCCGAGGUGGGUGGAUCAUGAGGUCAGGAGUUCAAGACCAGACUGGCCAACGUGGUGAAACCCCAUCUCUACUAAAAAAUAGAAAAGUUAGCUGGGCAUGGUGGCUCGUGCCUGUAAUCCCAGCUACUUGGGAGGCUGGGGUAGGAGAAUUGCUUGACCCGGGACCUGGGAGGUGGAGGUUGCAGUGAGCCGAGAUCGUGCCACUGCACUCCAGCCCGGGCUACAGAGCGAGACUCCAUCUCAAAAAAAAGAAAAGUUCCAGAUUUUUUUUUUCUGAAUAUUUAUAAUGAUACUCAUUAUUACAGACUUACAUGAUAAAUCUGCGAGGUUAUUAUUUUUUAUUAUCAUUUUCUCUGUGAAGUGGUAUCCACCUCUUCCUCACUCCUUCCAACUUACCUACUCCUGGAUUUUGUACCACCACCUCUAGCUUUGGCCUGACAAUCAGAUAGGUAGAUGAUUUCAGAAAAGUAAGGUAGUAUUGGUUAUUUUAUUUUAUUUUAUUUUUUAUUUUAUACACUUCAAAAGAACUAUCAAUGGCCUUUGUACUGGGGGAUUCAAGUGAAUCAGGAAAGUACUGGGCAGAUUUUUCCUGCCUCUCAACCAGUGCAUUGUUUGUAAAAUAGGAGAUGUGGCACAGUUCAUUCACUCCCUACUGCCCACACCAUGAAAGGGUGGGAAUCAGUGUAAUGAACUUGAGUACUGAAAAGACUGUGUGUGUGUGUGUGUGUGUGUGUGUGUGUGUGUGUGUGUAUAUGAUGUGUGUAUCUAUAUGCAUACACAUACCCUUUAUAUAAAGAGACAGAUCUAUUUAUCUAUACAUAUUUUAUAUAUAUGUGUGUGUGUAUGUGUGUAUAUAUGUGUGUAUAUAUAUAUACACAUACAUACAUACAUACAUGGUGAUGUCCCAGAGGAUUUACUGAAUUUCCCAGAAAUGCUUCCACUGCUAUGGAGUGGAGGGUUUCAAAAGACCACACUUUAAAUGUGAAAUUCUUAACUAAGUCAUAGCCCAUCACAAUUAUGAGAAGUUGGAUGGGCUUCUCUAAAUUAGACAAAAAGUACUUUCCAGAAAUUGCCUGUUCAGAACAACAAACACUUGGGUUGUUACAAGCGUAAUCUUCAACAGAGCCCUCACAUCCCAUAUGGUAAAAACAGGAGGUUAGAAUGGGAUUGGAAAGAGUUGGGCAUUUCCUUAUGAAGGUUUGGAGAGAGAAGGGGGGAUGGGAGGUGACUACCAUUUGAAAGGGCUUUCGGCCAAUUUGGAGGAAAUCUCUUCUGGAACUUCAGGGUCAAAUUGGUUUCAGGCUAGAAUUGAUUGACAUGAAUCCCUGAAGGAGAGAGGACUAGCUUUGGAAAGAUAGGGUAGGGAAGUGUGAGGAAACUGACUAUUUGAUUUUACACGCCUGGAUUGUUUCAUUUGUUCAUUGACAUUCUGACUACCGGAUCUUUUCAUUUGCUUUGCAAGGAAGACUUUAGAGGACUCUGGCCUGGGCCUUGAGAUGUAUUCUAUAAAAGAUUCUCAGCCCUCUGUGUGGCCAGGAUCUGCCCAGGAUAAAGAGGCUAUUCCUCCUUGCUGGAGAUAAUAUUGAGACAACCUUGCAUUUCCAGUUUCCCUCCUUGGGCACCCUAAGUAUGAGGGAUGGAAACAUGGCUUGCAAAAAAUUAGCAUUGUGUCUUUAUUCAGGAAUUGAGGCUUCCAGCCUCACAUACCUCCUUUUGGGCUUUGUGAUAUUCUUGCCCAAGAAGUACCGUUUCUACAGAAUACAACUGACUAAUCUUCUAGCAGGGUUCUUGAAAAACCUCAUGCACCUUAACCCACAGCAGGUCCUUGGUGAUUUUUGCCCAGACAACCAGAAGGCUAUUUACUCACUGCCCACUUACAAUGAUCAUAUCAUAGGAAAUUGAAAACAGCGUCAGACUAUUUAGUCCUAGUCUGUUCCAGAUUAAGAGAAUCCAUGAUUUUCAGGGGGAGGGAGCCCCGAAAUGCCUUGACCCCUGCCCAGAUACUUCUUACAUAAACCAAAGAAAGAUGACUAGAGGUGCAUCUAGCUAGACCGAAGUAGAAACGAAGUAUACAGAAACCUCCUCUUUGGAAUCAGCUCCCCUAAUGUGGUCCCCCUUCUUCUGUUGGACCUGCCAAACCUUUCACAGCAUCUUGAAGGUAGGACUCCUAUAUCCAGCAAGGGAAGGGAUAGUAGUAAAUUUACAUGGCUUGGAAUUUUCUUUCUGGAGCCACAGCUGGAUGAAUCCUUUGGAGCUCUAAAAGCAACCAGUAUCACUGAGCUGUGAGACCUAUAUCUCCACUUUCUAAUAGGAAGCACUUGGACUUAAAAUUGGUAAAGUAUUUUUUGCAGUUGCUGUUUCUGUGCAUCUUGAAUCUGACACAAUCAGAUGACAGUAUUGUGAACUCUCACACCAUUAAGAAGAUUUCUGACUUCGUAGGCAGGCACUGUGAGAGGUAAAAUUGCUGCUUUGGCAGGGAUGCUUCCAGUUUGCCAAAAGGCUUCUCUUCCUUCCACACACCUCUAUUUCCCCUAGCCCAGGGUGAAACAAGUGGGUCAUCUCACACUUGAUUUUUAUUUGGAUUCAGCAUUUUGGGUUCAGAAGGUUACAAGAAAGCACCAUAAAUGGCCGUAUUCCUAGACUGAUUGAUUUAUCUCACAAAAUAUACAAUUUAAAAGCCAGGAAAACUAAGGUUUAUUACUGAGAGUGAACUUUUUCUAACUAGAAGACAAAUUGUGGAAUGUGGGGUCUGAUCUUUGCUGCACCACUCGAAGAGACUGUCAUCCUUCGCUUGAGGUUCCAUUUCUAGCUGUGAUGUGACCUCUCUUGAACAGAGUCAUAUCGGAACCCCUAGAAAUGACCCCUUUACAUUGUAGGACCAUAAGCAAAACAUCCUGGUUGUGUAUAGUCACUGAUUCCCAAGGACUUGCAGUUGUUUAUAUUUCUGCUGGUGAGUCGUGGGAUCAGUUUAUAACUCCUACCCUUAAUUCAGUCAGUGACCAGUUCAGUCUGGUCUGGACCAGACCUGACAAACUUAUGCUCACUUGCAUCAUUUUCAUUCUGAGCCAGUAGGACUUUGGGUAGACUUUAAAGCCCAAGAAGUGGUACUCGUUUUGGCUAGUGACAUUUGAUUUUUGUCUCCAUCUUGAUUUCUGAUACCGUUGGCCAAGUCACGUUAACUUUUUUUGAUCACUGAGAAAAACAGCCGAACGGUGGAGGGUUGGGGGCAGGAAUGCUUAUGUAGGGUAGAAAGAAUGUGGUGGUUGCUGUUUGGUUAUGGCGAUCCAGUCCUUUGGAACCUUACAGGGCUCCUUUGGGCAUGUCAGUGUUAACCAUUACAGCCUCUACUGCCCACCCACCUUUAAAAUGUCAGUACAAGUAGACCACAGUUUAAAGUAGUUAGUGUAAUUCUACUAAGGUUUAAUCAUUAUACUUGUUCACUUCCUGGUGCAUAUUUCCUAAAUAUGCCUGGGGUUUUGGGGCGGGGGGGUUGAGUUUUCACUGUUCGAUUGCGUGUCAUCUUGUAUUUUUCUCCAUCCUGUGACUUUGGCAUCUUCUUAUUCAACUUUCUAUUUUCUUUUCCCUUGGCUUAUUGCAGUAGUCUGCUGGUGCAGGUAGAGAGCUCAGUGCACCUAUUCCCCUAUUACUGCUAAUUAUCUUCAAUAUUGUCAGAGGUUAUUUUGAUGUUCUAAGAAAAUAAAGUCAUUUUUUACAAAAUCCAUCUUUUCCAAGUUAAAAGCAAAAUACAAAAUCCCAUGCUAGGGUGCCCAUUUCAGCUUUCGACGUUGCCCCUGUACUUUUAUAGAUGCUCUUUUUGUCCGUGUUGGUAGUAACUAAUGACUAGUGAAUUUUCAUGUAAAUGAAACAAAAUAAAUAUUUCAGACUUUAGUAAUCUCUCAUAACCCUGCCAAAUCUGAUGACUUCAUUUUAGUUACUUCCCACAAGGCACUUCCCCUUCUACCUUCUAUUCAUUCUACUAUUCUAUUCUAUUCUAUUCUAUUCUAUUCUAUUCUAUUCUAUUCUAUUCUAUUCUAUUCUAUUCCUAAUCUGUUCUAUUCUGUUUUUAGAAUAACACACUAGAUAAAGAAACUUUAACUGCAAGGAGUCAGUGACUUUUAGUGCUCCCUGAUAAAUGAUGUUUUGACAAAAGUAAAAAAUUACUUCCUUGUUUUUUCCUGUAUUACUAUCUUCUCUCCUGUGCUCUUGACAGUGUGUUUAGUGGAUGUAUUUCUCUUUCCCACUCCCAGAUUCCAGAUUCCCUGCCUUUUCGGUCCACCUCACCACAAAAGCUCCAUAGUUUAUUAAUGUAAGUUUGAAUGGAUGCUUCUUUGGGGAAACUGCAGGAGUUAAUGGAAGAGUUUCAGAAAGGAAUAAGAAUGUCUCAGGAGUUGUUUUGUGAUGGAAAUUGGUCUGUUGUUCUGUUAAUGCUGAUGGAAAGAAACUUACAACGCUUAAUAAAAAUCUAUUCUUUUAGUAAAAAAAAGUUGUAAAAUAA